UGACGUAUGAAAGUGCGUAUUGACGUAUUGACGGCAGACAGUUUCCCUCCUCGCUGACAAAGCUAUCCGGCUACUCCGAUGUUUGUUUAAACAUCCAUCAUUCUGGACUUGAAAUCUUUAACACAGUGAAUACAGGCCGGUAAAGAAACUCAACGACCACAGAAACAUUGUUCCAGAAGACUUAUGCUGUCCUGCUAGCAGGGCAACAUGUUCAACAAGUCAUUUGGCACUCCCUUCGGCGGUGGAGGGACGGGGGGCUUUGGGACCUCGUCAACCUUUGGACAGCAAAACGCAGGUUUUGGGGCAGCAGGAGCCUUUGGGACGUCUGCGUUUGGAACCACAAGCAACGCUGGAGGACUGUUUGGUGCCACACAGAAUAAACCUGGCAGUCUGUUUGGGUCGAGCACAUUCAGCCAGCCGGCGGCUUCCUCCACAAGCACCGGCUUCGGUUUUGGUGCAGCGAACGCAACUUCUACCAACCUUUUUGGCAGCACGGCAACAGGGACCGCUGGCGGGCUCUUCUCCCAGCAGAACAAUGCUUUCGCUGCCAACAAACCCACUUCUUUUGGAAGCUUCGGGACGAGCACCAGCAGCGGCGGUCUGUUCGGCUCCACCAACACCACCUCCAACCCUUUCGGUGGAGCAGCCUCCCUGUUCGGAGGCUCUGGCUUCUCUGCCACUCAGCAGCCAGGAACCACGGUGAAGUUCAAUCCUCCAACAGGAAGUGACACCAUGGUGAAAGCAGGCGUGACCACGAACAUCAACACCAAGCACCAGUGCAUCACCGCCAUGAAGGAGUAUGAGAACAAAUCCUUAGAGGAGCUGAGGCUGGAGGACUACCAGGCAGGACGAAAGGGUCCGGCCAACCCGAUGGCGGCAGGGACCGGCAGCCUGUUCGGAACAGCUGCAGCCACACCCAGCACUGCCACCGGCCUAUUUGGUGCCACCGCCCCUAACACCAGCUUCUCCUUCGGACAGAAACAAAGUACUUUCGGAGCCACACCUGCCGGGACUUUCGGCGCAACAGCAGGUGGGCUGUUCGGUCAGCCGGCGCAGCAGCCGGCCGCGAGCCUCUUCAAACCGUUUGGUCAACCCACCACCACGCAGAGCACCGGCUUCUCCUUCGGCAACACCAACACUAUGGGACAGGCAAACGCCAGCACCAUGGGUUUGUUUGGGAGCACCGCAGCAGCUCAGCCGGGCGGAUUGUUUGGCGCUACUCAGACAAGCACUGCCACCGGCUUUGGGACUGCAACCGGGCUGUUUGGCAACACCACUGCUGGAUUUGGAAACGUCGGCACUCAGCCAAGUCUGUUUGGAAAUAAAACAGCCGGAUUCGGCACCACCACCACCAGCGCCCCGUCUUUCGGCACCGGCACCGGGCUGUUUGGAAACAAGCAGGCUCUCACACUGGGGACAGGAACCAACACGUCCACCUUUGGUUUUGGGGCAAACCCUGCUGCUGGGAGUCUGUUUGGAAACAAGCCGGCAACCGGAGGACUGGGAACCGGGCUGGGAACCAGCUUUGGAGCAGCAGUGGGCACAGGUGCGGCAUCUCUGUUUGGGAACAACCAGAACAAAAUGGGCACCACGCUGGGAACGAUGGGAACGUUCGGAGCGGCCGGAUUCAACAGCGGAGCCAGCACGCUCGGCUUUGGAGCUCCACAGCAGCCCGUUGCUCUCACAGAUCCGAACGCAGCAGCGGCCCAGCAGGCCAUUCUCCAGCAGCAGCUCUCUGUCCUGGCAUAUUCGCCGUAUGGAGACUCACCGCUGUUCAGAAACCAGCUGUCAGACCCCAAGAAGAAAGAGGAGCGUCUAAAACCCACCAAUCCGACGGCCCAGAAGGCUCUGACCACGCCCACCCACUACAAACUGACGCCACGCCCUGCGACAAGAGUCCGCCCCAAAGCUCUGACAUCAGGAGGCGCAUCUAAGACACAGCUGUUCGACGGCCUGGAUGACGACGAGCCCUCGCUCACCAAUGGAGCCUUCAUACCCAGGAAAAGCAUCAAGAAACUGGUGCUGAAGAAUCUGAACAGCAGCCAAUACAACAGUCCAAUCAACAAGGAGACAGACGACCUUGCUUCACCUCCGGAGUAUCCACAGAAUGGACACAGUCACAUGGAGGAGGAGGACGAGCUGAGGGAGGUGCCUGGCCCCAGCAGCCGAGCCGAUGAAGACCCCGAGGUCACGCAGUUCUACGUCAACCCCAUCGCCAAGCCCAUCCCUCAGGGCCGCGCUCAGGCCAGCCUGCAGGACACCAUCAGCGACCUCAAUAUGCACAAAGCGUCCAGGAAUGGGCUCGAGCUGAGCAGCGAGGAUGUGUCUGCGUCUCUGGGGGAGGAGUCUCUGCAGGAGGAGAGAGAGGAGGAGCAGCAAGAGGCCCAACAGUCUCCUCACCCUGCAGGCAUUGUCCUGAACCGUGUGGGUUACUACACCAUCCCCUCCAUGGAGGAUCUGUCUGAGAUGGUGGACGAGAACGGAGACUGCGUGGUGGAGAACUUCACAGUCGGCAGAAAAGGUUACGGCUCCGUCUUCUUCCCUGGUGAGGUGAACGUGGCGGGACUUAACCUUGAUGAGAUCGUCCACUUCAGACGCAAAGAGGUCAUUGUGUAUCCUGAUGAUAAAAACAAGCCGGCAGAGGGGGAGGGGCUUAACAGGCGAGCGGAGGUGACUCUGGAUGGCGUUUGGCCGAAUGAUAAGACGACCUGCACGCAGAUCCGGAGCCCCGAGCGUCUGACUGACAUGAACUACGAGGGCCGUCUGGAGAAAGCGUCACGCAAACAGGGUGCCAAAUUCCUCGAGUACAGACCUGAGACUGGAUCCUGGGUGUUCGAGGUGACCCAUUUCUCCAAAUACGGCCUCCAGGACUCCGAUGAAGAGGAGGACGUCCCGCUCAAAACCGACCCCAAGAAGCUGAAGACGAUGAUGCCACUUCCUCCCUCCAAAUUGCAGCAGCAACUCCCACCCUCCCAGCAGCAGGUGGCGCCGCAGGCUCAGUCCACUGUCGUUCUUGAUCUCCCGGGUGGCGUCCCCGAGUUGGACAGCGACAUGGCCGACAUCACCCAGAGCUUCCCCACAGAGAGCAUUCUUGGAGGAGAGGAGGACAGUGAGCUGCUGGUGAGCGAGAUGGACGUGACCGGCGGGAAGCUUGCAGGUUUGAUCUCCGCAGAGCAGGACGGCAUUGCCACAUCCGGCCAUAUUGCGUCCUCGCUGGGCAUCAACCCGCACACCCUGCAGAUAAUGAAAGCGUCACUGUUUGCUGAAGACGAGGAGGAGGGCGACAUGUUCCAGGACCACACAGCGAUGAAGGUCUCCACUGACGUCUCGUCUCCUCGCAUCGUCUUGCCAGGAACACAGGGCCGACCCUCAGUGGGCGGUCUCCUUCAGGCUCGUUUUACCUCGGGCCUCUUCUCUCAGCUCUCAGACUCUCCUCGUCCUGCUCUCAUUCCUCCCCCUCUCUCUCGGACGACUCUGGUGGAGCCCUCCCGGCCACUGCAGUGGGCGGGGUCCAGCCCCUCGUCCUUCUUGUUGCCCCCUCGGGUCCCAGAGCCGGCAAUCAGGACGGUUGGCAUCCGGCGGCUGGGCGGCCCCGUCCCCCUCAAGGAGUCUGUCGCUCAGGGGAAGGGUCGUCUGUUGAUGGACGCGGGGCUGUUUGCAGGUCGCUCCUUCAGGGUGGGAUGGGGUCCUGGCUGGACGAUGGCUCACUGCGGUCAUCAGCUGAGCUCAUCUUCCACGAAACAGCUCGACCAGCAAGAACUGACAACGAAAACAGACUUCAGCUUCCUGCCUAAACCCACCAGGAGCAAACCGCUGACUGAGAGCCCUUAUAAGGUGGUGUUGGAGCAGCUGGUGGGUCUGGACUCUCCUGCAGUGAAGAGCAGUGAGGAAGAGGAAGAGGACGAGGAGGACCACGCAGUGCUACAGCGCCCCCUCGAGAUCUGUCUGAAACACAGCACCGUCGACACCAUGGACGAAUCCCCCUGCCCCCUGGUUCGACCACAACCAGGUGUGGCGGCGCUUCAUGAGUAUGCUGAGUGGAUCAGCGAGUUGAACGACCAGCAGGGAGAUACAGACCCUCUGUUCGGGUACUGGUCUGAGGUCUGGACUCUGUGUGAAGCCCUGUGGGGCCGGUUGGGGCCUUCGGAUCAGGAUCAAGACAUGGAGACGCCCAGCGAGUACGAGCAGCAGCUGGAGAGGAGGCGGAGUUUCUCGGCCUGGCUGGCCCGCGGCGCCUCCUGCAGGGUGGAGGAGGAGGUGGCACAGGCAGGGAAGGGUCGUCACACGGACGCCAUCUUCAGCUACCUGACCGGCAACCGCAUUAGCGAGGCGUGUCGGCUCGCGCAGAAGGAGGGAGACCACCGUCUGUCCCUGCUGCUGUCUCAGGCUGUGGGCUCCCAGUACUGUCGGGACCUGCUCGCCCUGCAGCUCGCCGACUGGAACCGCAUGCAGACCGACUGCUACCUGCCCGAGGAGCGACUCCGCAUCUUCACACUGCUCGCCGGGAAACCUGUGUGGCAGUCUUCUGACUCGGUGGUCAACGUUUGCUCGGAGCUUGACUGGAAGCGCUCCGUGGCCGUCCACCUCUGGUUCAUGCUGCCACCAACGGCCUCGGUGGCCGAUGCCCUCGCCAAGUACGAAGCCGCCUUUCAGGGCUCCUGUGAGGGGGGAAAGUACGCCUGCGCCCCCCUGCCUCCGUACAUGGAGGAGGAGCAGCCGGACAUGGAUUUUGAGGAAAAGGAGGAGUCUAAGCGGCCGCUUCACGACCUCUGCUUUCACUUGCUCAAACUCUACAGCGACAGACACUACAGCCUGCAGCAGCUGUUGGACCCUCUGUCCGUCACCUGGGAGCGUCUGGACUACCGUCUGAGCUGGCACCUGUGGGGUGUCCUGCAGGCGCUGCACUACAGCCACCUGAGCGCCUCACGACAGGGACUCCUUCACGCCAGCUAUGCCGCGCAGCUGGAGAGCGCCGGCCUGUGGCAUAUGGCCAUCUUCAUCCUGCUGCACAUUCCUGACCACACUCAGCGGGAGCGAGCUGUGCGAGAGAUGCUGACCCUGCACUGCCCCCUGCAGGAGACGGACGAGUCGGUGCAAAGGGAACGCUUCCUGACUGAGAGGCUGCUGAUCCCUGAGCAGUGGAUCCACGAGGCCAAGGCCACCAGAGCACGCCGCGACACUGACAGACACCAGGAGGCACUGCACCUGUACCGGGCCGGGUACUGGAGCCAGUGUCAUCGACUGCUGAUCCAACAUCUGGCCUCAGACUGCAUCAUCAACGACAACCAUGACUACCUGCUGGAGUUCCUGGAGGGGCUGGCUGUCCCUGAACACAGCGCAACCAUUCAGGACUGGGACACAGCAGGGAGGGUUUACCUGGACUACAUCCGAGUAAUAAAGACUCUGCAGGACAUCCAACAGAUGGAAAACGCUGGUUACGAGCUGGAGCGUCUCUACACCGAUGUGACUUCCCUGUGCAGCAGGAUCGAGCUGCUGCCCUGCAGCACCGCCAGAGACCGGCUUGCCCAAUCAGAAAUGGCGAAGCGUGUGGCCAACAUCCUGCGGGUGGUGCUGAGCCUGCAGCAGGGCGACGCUGCGUCCGACUCCCUCAGCAUCCCCCUCACCCAGCUGGCCCCGCACAUCACCCGCCUGCCGAUGCCCGAGGACUACACACUGGAGGAGCUGCGAGGCCUCACACAGUCGUACCUGAGACAGCUUAUCGUCAGCCAAUGAGAGCGCGGACCACUAGCUGACAUGAGACAGAUCUAUGCUGCAGCUGCUUGAGUAUCUUUAAACUCUGAUGUAGAAAGUUUCCAAAAAGACCGAAGAUGAUGUUUUGAGAGUCGUCAUUUGAGGAGGAGAGCAGCUUGAGAACUUCAAUCUGGACUAUUUUCACUUUCAUUUCAGACGUCGUCCAUCUGAGCUGUUUUUGGCAUCUCCAGUUUGUCGGGUAGAAAAAAGUUCUGAUGCAUCAUUCCUCAUAGUCUGUCACUUCACGGGAGCGUUUUAAAGAUAAACAACAGUAAAUGACAUGAAAUGACUCCCAAGUUGAACCACAACAGUUUGCUUUUAUGAGGCCGUUAUCACGAUUAAAUGAUGGUUUCCACAUGAGGUUGUUUUUCCUUCAAAAAGAAGAAAACAACAAAUCUAAAGGGGUCACAUGGUGGAUCCUGGCACGCAAGAUUUAGCUCUUCCAAAUGAUCCUAACAUUAGACUUUCCUCAGGUAAUAAACUGCAUCCAUUAACUUUAAAGCCUCUACAUCGAGCAUGAAAUAUUCUUCAGUUGACAGAGUCUCAAGGGUUUGUUUGAUGUUUGAAGAUGUGUCCACGCCAAAAUUAGAGCACGUUUUCAUCAACCCUGAUUAUUUAAAAACUCAAAGCAAACACGAACGUCGAUGGAGAUUCCCACAGGGCAAAGCAGGACAUGCAAACUCCAGCAAGUAACCAUUUUUCUAUCGAAGCAAGAAGUUUACAGGGUGCUGUGCAGAAUAAUUUUUGUUGCAUCUGAAGAGGGAAAACAAAACUCCAUAAAAAAAAGAACACAUUUUUCAAACAUUUAAUUUUCACUCAAUAUUAACGAUAUCACACAACAACAAAAAGACUCACAAUACAUGAAACAGAAAUUGCAGCAAAGUUAUUCCACACACCAACGAGCUCAACUUUCAGAUUUGAUAUCCCAACAACCCUUCUUUCCCCUUUUAAUUGAGUCUCAUAUCUUAAAACAUCUGGAUUGUAAUUUCUUGCUGGCAUUGCGGUCCAUCCGACGAAUCAACCAAAAAACGUUAAUAAAAACAAGUUCCGGAAAUUAAUGCAGAGAAAGGAACGACUGAUUUUAAUCGUCAUGUUUUGGAUGUGACAAAGCGUGGAUUUUAUUAGUUAUUUCAGCCUCCUUUCAACCUGUGACUGUUUGGUUUUCAAGCAUAUCUGAGAAAUAAGAAUAAAAAACAAUGAUGCUGUUGUAAAACCUGGAAGAAACCCAAAAACUUACUUUGACUUCAGUCUAUGCUUAAGGAACACUGCCUGAAUCAGUCUGCCCAAACUGCACCUGGUAAAACUAUUCAGCACUGUUUAGUUUUAAUCCACUCAGUUUCAGUCUUCACACGUUGAAGACCAAACAACAGCAAAUUCAAACAACUCAAGUCUUCAGAAUCUGUGGUGUCCAAAUUCAGCUUCUUUACUAAGUACUGCUUCAAAACAAAGAUCUGAAUUUCACUGCGAUUAAGCUAAAGAGUCUCAAACUAUAUUCAAACGUCCCUGCUUGCAUUUAAAACUUAAAACAAAAAAGGAAACAUCAUUUGUAGAAGGAGCUAAAACUUGUGGUCGUUCAACAAGAGUCACUUAAUUCGGUCUCGAUGGUGUAAAAAUUGUCAUUUCUAAGUCUAUUUUUGUUUAUAUUUUAAAAAUGCUCCUAAAAAAACGUCUUGUUUUCAUGAGCUGCUUUUGUUUUUCUUGCGUGAGCGUUCGAACCCUUGGUAACUCCCCAAAGACAAGCGCCUUGCUGUUGAUUCCCUGAUUUAACGUGGGCAGAAAACACAACCACACCUCAACUGUGUUGUUUGUUCAACAUUUGGAUUCAUUGUAAGUGAAUAAAACAGCCGUUAGCUUAGCAUAGUGUGACAGUAGCAUCUGUUCAUCUGUCUAUAUGUGAAUAGAGACGAUAAUCUUAUUAUAAAAGAUGAGCGCUGAUGUCGUACAAACGGGUUUGAUGUGCACAAAGUUGAUUUUUCUGGAGACGACUCAGAGGAAAGCUCAACAUGCAAGAGUAAAACGCCUAAUGGUCUAUUUUUGUAGAUUUCUGUUUGGUGUGUGUGAGUCAGAAGUGUGUGUGUGUGUGUGUGCAUGUUAACCAGAGAUAAACAACAACAAACACCCAUGUUUUUUUAUAUAUAUAUAUAUAUAUUCAUUAUCACUUCAUUAUAGUUUUGAUGUCAGACGUUUAAAGUGAAGCGUUUCCUUCCAAAACGAGAUGCCAGCCAGAGAUUUCACAGCAUGUACUUAUAUAAAUAUUGUAUAUUUUUGGAAAUCAAACAGGGAAUAUCAGGUCAUUUUUAUUCUACACCUUUAAUUAUUAAAAAAAUUGGAUGCAAAGUGUUUUGGAAAGAAGCCCUUCACUUUUUGACGGAUUGUUUGAUUGUAGGUAUUUUUGUUGUAGAGUAUCUGUCAGCUUGCCAAGAAUGGUUUUCUGUUUUUUCUAAAGUGGAAUCAGUUUUUUUUUUCUUUUCAGCAAACAGGAAUCUCUAUAUGAUGUCUGUUUCUUCUCCUGUUUAACAGCAGCUGUGUGGAAGAUGUGUACAUGGAUGGAUACGGUGUGUGAGUGUGAGUGAGUGUGAGUGAGUGAGAGUGAGCAUGUUUUCUGAUGAUUUUGUUGAUAAUAUUUUUUAAUAAAGUCAAGUAGAAAUAA